UAAUAAACCUAUAAAAUGAUCAAAAGAAAGCGCUCUUCUCUUCCAAGUUUGCUUAAGAAGCAGUCCAGAGCGAGGUGAAAGGUUGGCAAACCCUUACCUAGGAUCAAAACUAAAAAUAUGAACAAAAUCAAAGAAGAACUUAAUCGGAAGCUAGAUGAUAUUUAACCAAGACGAUACUGUUUAUUGAGACUUUGAUGAUGAAGCAAUACAGAAAAGAGGUAGCUGAAAAAGAAGAGACAUUCAAGCAUAUCAGUUUACCAAUUCCGUUGCUUACUUUAAUGUUCUAAGGCAAGACAAUAAUACAAAUAAAAACUAUCAAAAGCUCUCAUUUAACAUCAAAUUACUUCAGCAAAGGAUGAAAGGCACUAGGUUUACUUCCAGAGCUGAUAGUCUCCCUCAUCAGAAAGAAGCUAGAAAGGGGCAUUAUCGAAAACUCAGAAGCAGCGUCUGAGUUGAGGAAAGAGGUCUCUCAAGAAUGGUUCCCUCUCUUGCUUCUACAGGAAAAGCCCUGCGUCAGACUCUCAUAUUCGAAGAACAUUUUCCUUCGAAGAAACUCUAUACUUCUUAG